AUGAAUGUAUGUGGUAUGCUGAGCGUCAAGUCUAGUGGGCAGUACUACACAUGGAAUAAUAAGCAAGAAGGAAGAGAUAGGGUCUUCUGCAAGUUGGAUAGAGUUCUUAGGAAUGACAAGUGGAAAUCUGAGUGGGUAAAUACUGAAGUUACAAUUCUCCCUGAAGGAGAAUUUGAUCACUAUCCAUUGAAUGCCAUUAAGUACAAUAAGAUGAUUGCAAUCCAGCAAGAGAUGCAUAAUAAGCCUGAAAGUUUGGAGUUGAGAGAGCAGGAACAGGUGCCAAGGCAGGAGUAUAUGGUAGCUCACAUGUGGUGCAAGGCUGAUAAGUUUCUUGAUAUUUUUACACAAUGUUGGCAGCAAACAAUUCAAGGGACUAAGAUGUAUCAGAUUGUGAAGAAGCUGAAGUGCCUAAAAAAAGAUCUUAAAGAGCUAAAUGCCUCUCAAUUUGGAGAUAUGUCUGAACAGAAUGCCAUUAAGUAUAAUAUGAUGAUUGUAAUCCAGCAAGAGAGGCAUAAUAAGCCUGAAAGUUUGGAGUUGAGAGAGCAGGAACAGGUGGCAAGGCAGGAGUAUAUGGUAGCUCACACGAAUUAUGUGCAAUUCCUUGGUCAAAAAGCCAAAGCCAGAUGGCUUAAUGAAGGGGAUGAUAACACCAGGCUAUUUCAUCAAUGUGUGAAGGCUAGAAGAAUCCAAAAUAGGAUAAACACUAUUAGAAGAGAAGAUGGUACAUGGGCAAAUAACUCCAAUGAAGUGGCUUGUGCUUUCCUUGAUUUCUACCAUGGUUUGCUUGGCUCUGAAGGUCAGGUUAGGAAGGUGGAGGGAGAAAUUAUAGCUAAGGGGAAGGUGUUCAAUGCCACACAGAAGCAAGCCUUGGAUCUUAAUUUUAGUGCUUAA